GCAAAGUAAAUUUUCGAAAAUCUUGUGCUGCCAGCAAUUGGGGAAUCUCAAUGUCAGUGCGCGGCUGUCCCCUUCUGUAAACACUGCAAACUUGAGGAAUCAACAACCUUGAAUUUGUUGUUAUUCCCAACUUUAUUUCUUGUCGUAUUUGCAUCAUCACGGUCAAUACGCAAAAGCCAACCAAAAUGGCAGCAACAAAAGAUCUCGAAACCGCCUCCGCGCAGGAGUCCGCUCCUGUCGACGCCAUGGACACCACCGCCGAUUCCGCCUCCGAGAAGAAGCCCAAGAAAGAGAAGAAAGAGAAAUCCUCCAAGAAGCGCAAGGCCACGGGGGAGUCCGCCGACACCGUCGACACCACUGCCGAUGCCGCCGAUGCCGCCUCCGACGACGAGAAGCCCAAGAAGUCCUCCAAGAAGCGCAAGGCCGACAUCACCGAAAUCGAAAUCGAUGUCACCGCCCCCGAGCCUCCCUCCAAGAAAGCCAAGCGUCUGCUCAAGAAGGGCAAGACCCUGCCCACCAAGCCCUCCUCCGACAAGGGCGACGACUCCGACAGCGACGGCGAACCCGCCAAGGACGGCGAAAAGAAAAAGGAGAAGAAGGAACGCUCCCCCCACGGCGUCUGGAUCGGCAACCUGCGCUUUACUGUCACUAAGGCUGAACUAAAGCAAUGGCUCGUCGACAACAGCGGCGGCUCCAUCACGCCCGAGUCCAUCACGCGCGUGCACAUGCCUACGGCCAAGGCGCAGCCCGGCCAGCCCAAGAAGGAGAAGCCCGAGAACCGCGGUUUCGCCUACGUCGAUUUCGAUUCGCUGGCUACCAAGGUCGCGGCCAUUGCUCUCAGCGAGACGGAGUGGUACAGGCGUAAGCUGUUGAUCAAGGAUGCGACGUCGUUCGAGGGACGACCGGAGAAGAAGAAGGAGGACGAAACUGCCAAGGGAGCAAAGGAGGACGAGCCAUUGGUAGGCGGCAAGUUCGCCGGCUCAACCAAGAUCUUCGUCGGCAACCUCUCCUUCGACACCACCGAGGACGACCUGCGCAGCCACUUUGACAAGUGCGGUGCCAUCAGGUGGGUCAAGGUGGCCACGUUCGAGGACAGCGGCAAGUGCAAGGGGUACGGGUGGGUGAACUUUGAGGAGAGCGAAGCUGCGCAGUGGGCGGUUAAGGGGUUCGUCAAGAUUCGCGAAGAAAUUCCCGAGUUGGAGGAUUUCAUGGAUGAAGAUCAAAAGGCCGAAGCCGAAGCCGACAGCGAAGAGAAGAAGAAGCAGGAAACGGAAAAGAGGAUAAAGACCCGCAAGUGGUGGGUCAACCAGCUACACGGCCGCACCCUCAAGAUCGAGUUGGCUGAGGACGAUAAGACGAGAUACGAGAAGCGGUUCCGAGGCAAGGGCGCUGGUGCUGGCAAGAAGCAAGGAGGACAACAACAACAGGGCGAGAGGCCACAGCAGAGCAGAGCUCCCUACCAGAAGAGGGAAGAGGGAGGUGGUGGUGGUCAGAUCAAGAUGGCUCAGGAUAUCAGCGUUGCCAGACUUACCGGUGCGCCUGUUGCUCACCAGGGCAAGAAGACUACCUUCGAGUAAAGGAAUUGAAGGGUGUCUGUCUGUCGUCUGGUCCGGGCUGGGCCGGUUGGGUUACAUCCUUGGGAGGUGGAGGUAUUUCGGCGGAAGAGAGAGAGAGAGAGAGAGAGAAAUCUGGGUUCAAAUCAUACCGCGGUUCUUCUUCUGUGCCGUGGGAGCUUAAUGUUGUGCUGUCUUUGUUUUAUUAUGGUGUCUUUUAUAUACCUAGGUAUCUUGUUUCUAUGGUGUUCGGGUUUUUAGACGACCAACGAAAGGAAUCGAUUUGCGUUUUCAUCU